AGACUCCCAACCCAAUAACCCAACUCGCAAAUGAAUAAAGUUUCAACCUUCAUCAAUCUACACUUCCCCCUUCUUUUUUUUGGCUGCAGUGUGAUCUGAUGACACAAAUAAAGAAGAAAAAGAAGAAGCCAUAAGAAGUUGUCUCUGGGUUUUCGAUUUCAUCCUAGAUGGAUGAUGUUAUGAGUCGGGAUUUAAUAAGUGACUUGCCUCAAAGCAUUAUAGAAAGUAUCCUCACGCGUUUACCAAUACGGGAUGCUGUGAGGACUAGCAUUUUAUCAAGUAAAUGGAGGUAUAAAUGGGCAACACUUACUCAACUUGUAUUUGAUGAAAAGUGUGUGAUUUUAUCGAAUGAUCGAUGUAAAGUUGAGGAUGGUCUUGUAAAUUUCAUCACUCGGACUCUUUUUCUGCACCAAGGCCCGAUUCAUAAGUUCCAGCUAACGACUACGCACUUGCAGUGCUGCCCCGACAUUGAUCAAUGGUUACUUUUCCUUUCAAGGAAUGACAUCAAAGAGUUGGUCCUUGAAUUGGGUGAAGGAGAGUGGUUUAGGGUUCCUUCUUGUCUUUUCAACUGCAAAAAGUUGACCCGUUUGGAUCUUUUCCGCUGUGAAUUCGAUCCGCCCCCUACUUUUAAAGGAUUCUUGUGCUUGAAGAGUCUUAAUCUCCACCAGGUUUUGGUUUCUCCUGAGGCAAUUGAAAGUCUUAUAUCUGGUUGCCCUCUUCUUGAGAGCUUAGCAUUGUCCUACUUCGAUAGUCUAGCGCUUACUAUCCGCGCUCCAAAUCUCAAGUUUUUGUGUCUGGAAGGUGAAUUCAAAGACAUUUGUCUGGAAAAUACUCCGCUUUUAGUUGCAAUGUCGGUUGCUAUGUACAUGACUGAUGACAUAGCUGAACACUUUGAGCAAAGCUCAACCUGCAACUUUAACAGGUUUCUUGGUGGUGUGCCUCGUCUCGAGAGGCUUAUUGGGCAUAUAUACUUCACGAAGUUUUUGAGCAUAGGUGAUGACCUUGGAAGACUUCCUAUUACAUACGCCCAUCUAAAGGUAGUUGAAUUGAAUCAAGUAAGUUUUGAAGAUAUGAAGGAGAUACUCGUUGUUCUUCGCUUGAUUACUAACUCUCCUAAUUUAAGGGAACUUCAAAUUUCGGGUUCCUCAAACACAUUAGCUGCCAUAGAUGCACCUGAUUUGGAUUUCUGGGAGGAUGAAUGCCCGUCCAAUUGCACAUUCAAACAGCUCAGAGUUGUGAGGAUGACAGAUAUGUCCGGUGUGCCUCAUGAGAUGGAGUUCAUCAAAUUUCUUCUUGCAAAUUCGCCUGCACUCGAGACAAUGAGUAUCUCACCUUGUGUAUAUGUCAUGGACGGAAGACUGAAUAUGUUAAUCGAGCUGCUGAGGUUUAGACGUGCCUCUGCUCAAGCAGAAAUUUUAUUCAUUCAAGAUUAGUCAUUGUUUGUCUGUUAAUAGAGCACAAUUAAGUACUUUGCCCUCUCAUUUGCUAAUUUGUUGCCUUUCUUUUGAAAUAUCAAAGAACAGUUGGGCACCAAUUGCAUAUUUCAUCUGUAACAUAUUCUUUUGAAAUGUGAAUAAUAACAAUUCUGAGCAAAUUGAGAUA